GUGGCAAGAUGGCGGCGGAGAGGAAGAUGCUUGGCGCUGACCGGGGGGAGGCACCGGGCGUGGGGGGCGAAGAGGACGAGGGGCAGAGCCUGUGGUCCUCCAUUCUCAGUGAUGUAUCUACAAGUGCGAGAUCCAAAUUACCCACCGGGAAAAACAUACUGGUUUUUGGUGAAGAUGGCUCGGGAAAGACCACUCUCAUGGCUAAACUACAAGGAGCAGAGCAUAACAAGAAGGGAAGAGGAUUGGAGUAUUUAUACCUAAGUAUUCAGGAUGAAGACAGAGAUGAUCAAACACGUUGUAACGUUUGGAUAUUAGACGGAGACUUGUACCACAAAGGCCUUUUAAAAUUUGCCCUGUCGGCGGACUCAAUUAGGGAUUCUGUGGCUGUGUUUGUGGGUGACAUGUCCAGACCAUGGACUAUUAUGGAGUCUUUGUUGAAGUGGUCUAGAGUUUUACGGGAGCACAUAGACAAACUGAAAAUCCCCCCGGAGGAAAUCAGAGAGCUGGAGCAGAAGAUUGUUAAAGACUUCCAGGAAUAUUUGGAACCAGAAGAUUCAUCUGUAGGGUCACCACAGAGGAGAACUGUCUCAGAUGAGGACAACAUCAUCCUUCCGCUUGGGGACAAUAUCCUCACACAUAAUCUUGGCAUUCCUGUGCUAGUUGUCUGCACCAAGUGUGAUGCAGUGAGUGUGUUGGAAAAGGAGCACGACUACAGCGACGAGCACUUUGACUUCAUUCAGUCACACAUCCGGAGGUUUUGCUUGCAGUAUGGAGCUGCCUUAAUUUAUACGUCUGUUAAGGAAGAAAAGAACCUGGAUUUGUUAUACAAGUAUAUUGUACAUAAAGCCUACGAUUUCCACUUUAACACUGCUGCCUUAGUGGUGGAGAAGGACGCUGUAUUUAUUCCUGCUGGUUGGGACAAUGAGAAAAAGAUUGGGAUUUUGCAUGAAAAUUUCUCAACCGUUAAGCCUGAAGAUGCCUAUGAAGAUUUUAUUGCAAAGCCUCCAGUUAGAAAGUUGGUUCACGAUAAGGAGGUCGCUGCUGAAGAUGAACAGGUGUUCCUAAUGAAACAGCAGUCUUAUCUUUCAAAGCAGCCAGCCACUCCUACAAGAGCUUCAGAGUCCCCAGCCCGGGCUCCCACAGGGUCUCCCAGAACACCAGGCCGCUCUGGUGCCACCACUGUGCCCAGUUCUUCACCUAUGGCAACGGUCAAAAAGCCAGAUCCAAAUAUGAAAAAUGCAGCCGCCAGUGAAGGUGUCCUGGCCAGUUUUUUCAACAGCCUGCUGAGCAAAAAGACUGGAUCCCCUGGAAGCCCUGGAGGAACGGGUGCAGCGGGAACCAAUGCGCAAGGUUCUGCCAAAAAAACAGGACAGAAAGCUGUACUAACCAACGUCCAAGAAGAGCUGGACAGACUGACACGCCAGCAGGAAGCUGUAUUAGCCAACUCUUCCCCGUCUGAAAACGAGGCCUGAUCUGCUUGGAAAGCUUACGAAUACAAAACACUUAUGUAAAUGACCAAAUAAUAAUGAUGUGUAACGAACUGAAGAUUCUGUGGCUGCUCUGACACAGCGGAUACUGUAGGCUUCCACCGUGGAAAGAGGCAGGCUUAACAGCUUGUCGCAAGCGUUACAUGCCCUUACAGGAAGUUACCUAAAACAUGCCACCUGAUUAACCUCUUGUGCAGGAAAGCACCCGCAUCACUCUGUUUCUCUGCACUUUGUGAGCACUUAAUGGGCUGUAUUUGCAGGCUAGCCCACUUCCUAAGGGUUUAACGAUUCUUCGAUUCUCAGACGGCGAUUUCCUGUUUAGUUUUUAAACAGACUCUGCUGUGUGUUACAUCCUUAAAGUUAUAGGCGGAGCAGCAAAAGGGAGAUGAGCGUUAGAAUGUUGGCCAGAAGUAGCGAGGGCUCUAUAAUGUCGGGGAUGGAGGGUGGAUGUGAGUUAGAAUGAGAAACCAGUGCAUUUAACACCACUCUUCUUCUUUUUUUUACCCCCCUUCCUUUUUCUUACACUUCUCUUGGGAUGCUUUUUGGAAAGGGGUACAGUAAUCUUUGUGUUUGCUGUUGCUUCAAAUUAACACCAAAUCCCUCCCCAUCUAAAACUGAAACAAAAUGACAAGAACGUCUUUGGGGGAUUGUAACAGGGAAAAAAAUACGCUGGGAUUACAUGCAGGGAUACAGUAUGGUGGAAAGAAUGCUGGGUUAAAGAAAGUGUCUGCUCAGUUCCAAGUGCCUGGAACAGUUCAUGAUGUACCACUAGGAGGCGCUUGAAAUAAUUAUGCACUGUAUUAACGGUCACCUUUUUUAUUUAUGUAUUCAUAUACACACGCGCAAAUGCUCUUGCAAAAACAGGCUUCCUAUAGUCUGUUCUCAGUUCUACGUUAUACACUCUCCUACUAACUCUUCAUUUCUGCAUGUUACAGACCAGCUAUUUUAUUUUUGUUUUAUUGAAACAGACUUGAUUUUGAAGUUACUUGACAGCCGCAGUAGCACAAAUAUAUAUAUAUAUAUAUAU